AGAAGAAGUGGAAGACGUAAAAACUUGGUUUAUUUAUUUAAUUGCUGCACCUUUUUAUUUUUUUCACUGUGAGUUUUAAAAUAAGGGACCAACAUUUUGAAAUCAAUUCAUUAACAAAAGUCUAUAUAUCUAUACUUUUUUGGAUGGAAUUCCAAAUAAUCAUUACUAUCGCUAUAUGUUUGUUGUUAAUAUUAUGUUUCUCAAUGCGUGGAAUAUGUUGUAAAAAGUCGCACAAUUCUGUAUGUGUCCGUAGGAGUAAGUAUCUCGUAUACCAAUAGUUGGCAGAGCAUGAUGCACUCUUGAUAUGUAUAUAAUGUAAGGAAGUCUUGUUACAUAAUGUAUCAUUUACAUAUUUAGCCAAUAUUAUUUUUAUAUGUACUUUAUGUGAAAGCUUUCGGAAUUGAGAGAAAAAAUGAUGAUUUAUUGUAUUUUUUCUUUUAUACCUUUUAUUUCCCGAUUACUCCUUAACUUCAUUAAUAACUAAUCCGAAUGUAUUUUGUCAUUUGAAUUAAAUGACAUUGUGCAACAAAGAGGAAUAUUGUUUUGAAAAUGUUCAGCACAAUUCAUGUUGAACUGAAGCAUGUGUGUUUUGAACACCUAUUUCAAAUACUUAAGCAUUCUAUUUUAAAUGCUACCGUGUUUUACAGGGCGUAGCAGAACUUCCUCUAUUAGUAGGUCUGCAUAUCAAAACACCAGACAACGUUCUAAUACUUCUAGUGAGUAAUUUAGUUGAUGUAUAAAUGUUCAUUGUAGUUCAAAUGAUUCUCAUUCUGCCACUUGACACGAUUUACUCCUACACACAUACAGAAUUUAUACCUUUAAAUUGAAAUAUAUUGUACAAAACGUGAAUAUAACGGAUUAUAUGUAAAACACAUGUUUUCAAUUAAAAACCAAGUUUAUAGCGGGAAUUUAUUUAAUAUUGUCAUUAUUUUAUUAUUAUUAUUUAGUGAAGAAAUUACAAUUAAGGAUGGUAAUUACAUAUUUAAAAAUUAAAAUUGUCUUCUGGAUGAAACAUAGGAACCAUUUGUGAUGUUACAUUUUUAAUCAUCCCAGUACCUUAUUUUUUUCAUCUCAUUACACACUCACAGAAUUGGUGUCGUUGUCGGUGUAGUUCAGUUUCCCUCUCAAAGACACUAUAUUAAAGAAUCUUAAAAACGUUGUUUAUUCAAAUUUUUAAUAUAAUUAAUAAUACCAUUAUGAUUUUUAUGAAUAGUUAAAUUUCUUUUUAUCGUUAUGAAAUCGAAUUUUUUAUUUUCGUCAUUAUCAUGUGAUAUUUUAUGGUAAGCUCAUAAUAUUGGUAAACAGAGUUAAAAAAGAAGAAUACUUAUCAUAUACGCAACUUCACAGUGUACAUAUUUCUCCUUUGACAAAUUGUAGGUCUCAGCGAUCUGUUUAUAUUCGAACGAAUAUUUGGUGUAAAAUAACGAGAUUAUUUAGUAUAAUUAAAUUUUUUAUUAACAUGAUUAUAUCUAUAUCAACUUAUGUACUAAGUGUUAAGUUUUUGUAUCGAAAUUGAACAGUUAUAAACACAAAUAGCAAAUAUAAAUUGGUUUCUUUUUAUUAGUCAUAAAUUCUUGAUCCACGAUCUGAAGUUGAUAAAUAAAUAAUUAAUUUAUCUCCCAAACCUAUUAUAGAUAAACUAACAGUUUACAAAAUGGAUGUGUUUAUGCCAAUUGCACUGUGCGUUAUUUUUAUUAUCUUUUUUACUAUAUGUGGAUGGUGCUGUAAAAGAAAACGAGAGGGUACUGUAUAUGGUUAUGGCCCUUCGGUCACAGUUACUACCACAACUCAGCAUGUGCCAUCACCACAAGUUGUACCACCUUAUCCCAUAGAUGCUCGUCAUCCCACACCCAGUAACAACCUUUCCGGUCCAGGAUUUUUUAAUGCACAACCACCUUAUCCGAUUCAAACACCAAACAUGCCUUUUCCACAAACAGUACCUCAUCAUUAUGGUCUUCCUCCCCCCAGUAUGGGUAUAGAAGGUGUACGUCAAUUUCAACACGGUAUACCAAAUCCAACGCCAAUACCAUCAGCGUAUCCACCCACAACUUAUUACCAAGAUUAUAACAGUAAUCCUCCACCAUACGAAGUGGCAGUGUCACAAGCACCCACUCCAGCUCCUAUCGCACGAGAAGGUUAUAUAAAACAGGCCCCUUACAAUCCGGAUUACAAUUAAAUGUUUAUAUCUGUUUCAAUUCGUGUAUUUAUAUAUAUAAAUAUGUUUAUCCUCAUUGAUUUCUCAACAUUAUUAUGAAAAAAGUGUUUGAAUGUUUUAUACUUUAUAGUCGAAAUAAAAAGACAAAAAUAUUAUUUUCAGUUACCAUUAGGUUAUUAAAUGAGGGAGAGAAAUUUGAUAUUUUCAUGUGAUUUAAAAGUUAUUUAUUUACGUUUCAGAAUUCUGCGAGUUUCAUCUUUUAUUUUGGGCUGUUUUAGUUACGUAAACUGUUUUUUUUUGUAUCUAAUGCAAUUAGUUAGAGCGUUUAGUUGCGGCAGGUGUAUCGCACACGGUUCCGGUCCGUUUACACUCAUCUUUACAACAUAUUGAAAAUAGAUCAAAUGCAGCAAACACAACACGUUAAAAAAAUUUGUUAAAUCGUUAUAUUAAAUAUAUUAUUUUAUUGUGUUAGUGUGCGGUUACCUACAGCAUUCUGAAACUGAAAAAAAUGAACAACGUUGUUUUUGAAGCUCGUCAGUUAUAGCCAUUGAUUGUACUAUGAAAUAUGAUCAUAAGUAGGUACUUAACGACAAAGAAUCGUUAUCUUUUGUAAUUCAUUUAAGAACUGAUGUUAUGAUGCUGAUAACCAUUUCAUUAUUUAUGUUUUAUUUUUGUAAAUUUUCCAAAUAAAAGUAUUGUUGUCAAUU